AUGCCUCCUUUCUGUCUCCAUUUCCCAGCAUCCCCUCUUUUUGGCUUGAAACUGUGUUUCCGCUCCUCCUGCUGCAGUUGUGGCAUGUUCCAGAUGCGGCCGCAGCUUCGUCCCACUAGAGCUGUUAUAGUGCCUGGGAACGGGUCAGGCGAUGUAGAGAAAUCCAACUGGUACAGAUGGGUGUGGGAAGGACUGGAGGAGAUACCUGGUUUCCAGUGUAUACUUCGAAAUAUGCCUGACCCAAUUACAGCUCGAGAGAGUAUCUGGCUGCCGUUCAUGGAAUCGGAACUCCAUUGCGAUGAGCAGACUAUCAUUAUUGGACAUAGUUCUGGUGCUGCUGCUGCCAUGAGGUAUGCAGAAACUCACAAGGUGUAUGCAAUUAUUUUAGUGUCUGCUUAUGUUUCUGACUUGGGAGAUGAGAAUGAAAGAGAGAGUGGAUACUUUAACCGACCUUGGCAGUGGGAGAAGAUCAAGGCUAAUUGUCAUCGCAUUGUGCAGUUUGCUUCCACAGAUGAUCCUUUCCUUCCCUGGAGCGAGCAGCAGGCAGUGGCCAAUGAGCUCAACACAGAGCUAUACAAGUUCACAGACAGGGGCCACUUCCAGAGCAGUGAAUUCAAUGAGCUAAUAAGUGUGAUCCAGGGAAUACUCAACAGUGCUGCUUAAAGCAGGGCCAGUUCAUUUUGUAUUUCCUUACCUUGGGGGCGGGAGCUGCAGGCUGUAUUUCCGACUGAGCAAUUUGAGAGCAAAGAUCUAGAGCAGUGGCUUUCAAACUUUUUUUCUGGGGACCCAGUUGAAGAAAAUUGUUGAUGCCUGCAACCCAACAGGGCUGGGGGUGAGGGGUUUGGGAGGGGCAGAGGGUUGGGGUGCAGGGGUGAGGGCUGUGGGAUGUGGCUGGGAAUGAGUUCCGGGUGUGGGAGGGGGCUCUGGGCUGGGGCAGGAGGUUGGGGUGUAGGAGGAGGUCAGGGCUCUGGACUGGGGGUGCAAGCUCUGGGGUGGGGCCAGGGACGAGGGGUUUGGGGUAUAGGAAGGGGUUCUGGGCUGGGGCAGGGAUUGGGGUUGGGGCACAGACUUACCUGAGGCGGCUCCUGGUCAGCAGUGCAGCUAGGGUGCAAAGGCAGGCUUCCCACCUGUCCUGGCACCAUGGACCACGCUGUGCCCUGAAAGCAGCCAGCAGCAGGUCCAGCUCCUAGGUAGAGGUGCGCAAGUAGCUUUGCGUGACUGUUGCCUGCAGGCACUACCCCCACUCCCCAGUUCUCAUUGUCUGGUACCCAGCUAAUGGGCAUGCGGAGCUGGUGCUCGGGCAGGGGCAGCGGGCAGAGCUCUGUGGUCCCCGUCUUGAAGCUGGACCCACUGCUGGCUGUUUCCGGGGCACAGUGUGGUGUCGAAACAGGUAGGCACUAGCCUGCUUAGCUGGGCAGCACCACCGAUGGGACUUUUAACCAGAGUGACCCAGUGCCUGACAUGCCAUGACUCAAAGUUUGAAAAACGCUGAUCUAGAGCACGAUUAAGACCAUGUACCAUGUGAGCAAAGCUUGAAUCAUCAGCUUGCCUGUUCUCUGGCAGCAGGCUCAGCCCCCACACUGCCUGGGAAUUAAGAAAGAAUUGACUGUUCGUGUAAAGGUUACAGAGGGAUGGAAUGUGUACGGGAAUACAGUGGGAAGAAAAUUAAAUCGGAAAGAGAACAGCUAAUCCAAGGGCUGGAUGGGCACUGUCUGGGAAGUCCUCACUCUACUUUAAGGACCAGAGCCAUUGCAGUCAAUGGGUGUCUUUCCAUUAAUGCCAUGGGGCUUUGGAUCAGGACCUCGUAUAGUGCAGUAACCAAACUUCCACGUGUUCUCUUUCCUAGUUCACUUUUGCUCUGCAGCUUGUGGGACAUGUCCAUUCUUUUGCCCUUUUUGUGUUGAUUAGAUUCAUGGUUUCAAGGGUGGUGAUAAUUUUUGAUACUUUGCAAAGGCUCUGACUUUUUUAAUCUCACAAUAAUAUGGCUUUUGUUAGACAAAAUACGUAUCAUUUAUUUUAAGGAGUUUAGGCUGUUACAUGGGGCUAUUCCACUACCUCUGGCUCAAGGCAUGGUUAUAGAGCCACAGAUUUCAAGGUCAGAAGGGACCUCUGGUGGAACCCAAGCCAAAGAACCUCAUCCCCUAACCCCCUCUGCUGGUGUGCUGUAAAGGGACAUCAUCUGCAGUAUUGCUGUCAGGCUGUCCUUUAACAUUGUUUCCAAUAAAAUAUGGACAGGUGGGUCUGAAAAUUGGCAAUGUAACUAAGCAGCUGCCACUCCAUUAAAGUAAAUGAAGUUACACCAUUCACAAAGAGCUAUUACUCCAGACCAGACACACCUAAUGUUGGUAAUUAAAACUAACAUAGGCAUGGAUAUUUUGGGGGAAAAUCACAGGCUGGGCAAGAAAAAAGGUAUGGGAUAAAAACCUCAGAUAUUGCUUUGUACUUAAAAUAGUCUCCUUUUCUAUUUGUUAUGCCAACCUAUCAUAGUGCAACAAUAAAAGAUCCCUCUUGCA